CGGGGGGGACAGAGUAGGGGGGCCAGCACUGCAAAAGCCCGGCUUCGCGACACGACGGAAGGCAACGCUAUCUGCCGGUGGAACCGCGAUGGCCGUGGUGCAGCUCGACGCGGAGGACCGACAACCGGAGAACGGCUUCGUGUCCCCCGAAACCGCGUCGCAGGAGCUGCUGACGCGCAUCGACGGCUCCGUGCUGCCGUUCCUCGGGGGAUUUGGGAGGUACCAGAAACAGCUGAUCGUGCUGACAUGGAUCCCGGCGUUGUUCAUUGGAUUCAGCCAGUACUCUAACAAUUUCCUCCUCGCCCAGCCGAACAACACAUGCAUCCAGCCGCUGGCCAACCUGACUAAUCACGCCGCCGGCCGCUCCUCGUGGUCGGACGGUCCCAAAAACAGCAGCGACGGCGCGCGGCCGGCUUCGCUUUAUGACGACGGGAGUUACGGCAGCCACAAUGACACGUCCGGCAUGCAGUGCGCCUGCAGCGAGUGGUCGUUCGAGCUGCACACGGGGCUGGCACAGAACGUGGUCACCAAGUGGAGUCUUGUGUGUGACUCGGCAUGGAAAGUCCACAUCGCAAAGUUCUCCCUCCUGGUGGGAUCCAUCUUUGGGUACCUGACGUUCGGAAUCCUCGCUGACUGGUUCGGCCGCCACCCGGUGCUGAUCAUAUCGGUGCUGUUCAUGCUGGUGUUCGGUCUGGCUGUGGCCUUCUCCGUCAACGUCCCCAUGUUCAGCACCCUGCGCUUCUUUGAGGGCUUCUGUCUGGCAGGGAUCACACUUUCCCUCUACGUCCUCAGGAUCGAGCUGUGUCUUCCAGGGUGGCGCUUUUCCAUGACCAUGGUGGCCAGUUUUAUGUUGUUGGGCGGCCAGCUGCUGAUGCCCUUGGUGGCCUACCUCUGCCGCGAUUGGCAGGUCCUCCAAGUCGUCAUCAUCUGCCCCUUGCUGCUGAUGCUGUCCUACAUCUGGAUCUUCCCCGAGUCCCUGCGUUGGCUGCUGGCCACUCAGCAGUACUGCCGCUCCAGAUGGAUCAUGGGACACAUAGCAAAGAAAAACCAAGUCAACCUGGAUCUUGACACCGAUAAUAUCCUCACAGAACUGCAAAGCGCUCUUCAAAAGAGACACAAGAAGACGUGCAUCGUGAAGAUGGUCGGGACGAGAAACCUGUGGAAGAACAUCGUUGUGCUCUGCGUCAACUCGCUGACCGGCUACGGGAUCCACCACUGCUUCGCCCGCAGCAUGAUGGACCCCGAGGCUCAGGAGACCACCAUGUUCCACAACUUCUACGCAGAUUACUACACCAUGGCGGGCAUCGCGGUGGCGUCCUGCAUGGCGCUCUGCCCGGCCGUGGGCCUGAUGGGCCGGAGGGGGGGUCUCCUGAUGUUCAUGAUCAUCACUGCGCUGGCGUCUCUGCUGCAGCUGGGCCUGCUCAACUUGCUGGGGAAGUACAGUGGCCACCUGAACAUAGAAAACUCUGGUACGCUGAAUAAGAAUUUCUCCGUCGCCUUCUCCAUCAUCGGCAUGUUCUCCUCCCACGCAGUCAGCAACCUGAGCAUCUUCUUCUGCGCUGAGAUCACGCCCACUGUGAUCAGGGGUGGCGGGCUGGGCCUGGUCCUCGCCAGCGCCGGCUUCGGCAUGCUGACCGCGCCCAUCAUGGAGCUGCACAACCAGAAGGGCUACUUCCUCCACCACAUUAUCUUCGCCUGCUGCACUCUCAUCUGCAUCAUCUGCAUUCUCCUGCUGCCCGAGACGCGCUACCAGCCCCUGCCCGAGACCCUCGCCGACGGCGAGAGCUACACCCGCCAGCCUCUCCUCCCGCCCAGGAAACCCGGAGAACAGCGCCUCUUGCUGCCUCAGUCCGAGAGCAGCAGGGACUACACCCGCGUGCACGACACGCCGCUCCACGAAGCGGCCGCCACCGCCGUGUCCACCAUGGACUCCACCGCCUCCUCGGCUGUCGACCUGACCGCCCAGUCCGCGGGGGACGUGUCCGCCCCCGCGUUCAUGGAGGUGUACGCCGGCAAGCCUCAGCCAAAAGACCCCAACGGCCGGCCGGCCUCGUCCUUGUCCGCGACCGCCAUCCCGCCGCUGAGCAAAGGUGGCGACGUACACGCCAGUAAAGAGCAACUGGCGCCGUCCACUCCGUUGCGCAAACUCCCGUGCGUCACGGACCCACUGCUGGCCGGCGCCGAAGAGCCCGCGGCGCUCGUCCUGGAUUCUGAUGGGCCACCGACGGAUCCUGCUGGUUUUGAGAUGAAAGACAUCGGUCCUUCCACUGCGAAAGAGUCCGCCGCUUCCCCCACGUUGGACCGCUUCCCUGCCCCCGGGCCCAAAGCUGCGCCUGCCUCCCCGUUGAUCUGCACCACACCCGUCAUCGAACCCCCGCCCAGCUCCACCUUAGAAUCCCCCAGCCUGCAGGGGAAUGAGAUCGACGAUAUUGCCCUGAGAUUCGACCCCCCUUUGCUAGAGGUCACGAAUGCCGCUGUAGAGGGCUCCCCUACUCCAUCUUUGCAUGGCACUCCCCCUCCGUCCCCGAGCCCCUCUCCCGUCCCCAUGGCCGAUGGCGGCCUUUCCAGUGAUCCACCCCCUUCCACUGGUGUUCACUUGGACAAUCCCAUCAAGUUAGAAAUAGUAGAAGAACCUCCAUCUACUCCUUCCCCCGGAGACUCCCCCGCACCUCCUGUCACAGAUCCUCAACCCCCACAGAUGGAGCCCACCCCUUCCUGUGUCAUUGACACAACUCCUUGUUUUCCCACCGCCCCUGACACGGUCCCAGUUUCCCCUUCACCCACUCCUCCACCCGUUGACUCGGGCCAUUCGUCCUCCGAGGCCUCCUCCGCCCCCGCUGUGAUAGAUACUAUCAACAUAACUGCACUUAUUCCCACCAUCCUCCCCGUCACAGACAUUGUGCCCCCCUCCUCCCCUCCAGAAUCCACCACUCUGACUGUGCCGCCCACACAGGCUUCAGCUUCCUCCCUCGGCGUGGAUCCAGCGCCGACCUCCGAGGCAGCUCGCAGCUCUCUGAUUGACUGCACCGUCUCCUCCCCCAUAGACUCUGGCGUCCUCUUCUUCGGGGACAGCGCCACCGCAGACAACAACGGCGUCAACGGCGUGUCAUCGUUAUGAUCCACCGUCGCAGAAGAAGCUCUGCGGUUUGCGCGAGGAAGCAGCCGGGCCACGAACUGUCCGACUCAGACUUCAGGCCGGCGCUGAAGAUGGUCCCGCCUGGUGUUGAGUAGAUGUGUCUUACAGAUGUUUCUCAGUGUCGCCCCCCCCACUUCCUGUAUUUAGCCAAUAAAUGAGACCACUCGAGUGAGACAAAGGUUGUUUUGUGACAAUGUGACAGUAUCUUCUGCUCUUUUUGAAUGUCACUGGAAAUCACCAGCCUUCAAACUACUUAAAUGUAAAUGAAUGAAAAAAUCACUGUCUGUCGUGUUCAAGACUUCCAACUGUACCCACAAUCACGAAGAGGACACAAAAAAGCAAAAAAAAGCACUAGUACUUUUGCUGAUAUUAAAUGUCCGUCUAACAUAUUUGCAUAAAAUUAUUGCCUUACUUGUGCGGACAAAGAAAUCUGAAUGUUGAAACAUUUUUGGGAAAUUACGGAGGUCAAAUUGAAAUUUGAGGGAUUUUUCUGAUUACAAUGCCAAAAACUACUCAGACCAAAAUGAAAUGUAGACAUAGUGCCAAAAAACUAGUUUAAAUACAGUAUUUGCCUGAUUGGGGAUCUACUGUUAAGUGCAAAGACUGUUUGUGUAUUUAAGUGAAUCCGAUUCCCCUUUUCAAAGUUCACUAAUAUAAUAGAAGAUCAUUUUUCAUCAAAUGAUUAAGAGACUGAAAGCUAUGUUAUUAUUGGAUGAAUUAGAUUUGAGAGAUGAGAUUGCAGAAUAUCUUUCACCAACACUUCAUUGAACAGCCAUAUGGGAGAAAAGAAUGACCCAUAUUUUGGUCGGCCUGAAGAUUUAUUUUUCCAAUCGUGAUGGAAUUUAGGCGAUGCAAAUACUUUUAUCUGUAAAUGUGAUAUUGUAAGUAAAUGCAUAAUUAGUUGUUGAGCUUGAUUCAGUCUUUUUUUCUUAAUUCAAAGUAUUAUUUUGAAUAAUCUCCCAUGGCGUGCCCUUAUUGUACAAAGCUAUACUACAUUCUUACAGUAUUUGUGGUACCUCAUUGUGGCGCCACCUUAUUCUUUGCAGUUGGGGCAUGAAAAUAAUUGUAAACGUAUCAGUAAAGAAGAAAACAUUCAAAGCAAACCUUAAAAAGACACAAAAGCUAUUUUUGAAAUAAAAGCGACAAAUGACUAAAUGUUUGAUACGACUGCCAACUUUCACCGCAUCGCUAACUUCCAGUGUUUUCUAAAUCAUUACAUAGUUGUCAACGUGUUCACAGAUUCACAUGCACAAGUAAGUAAAAGCAAAAGGAUUCAGCGCAGGUGAAAUCUUUAUUCCUCGAUGGACAAACGAAUCAUGUUCAAAUGACAAACACUGUCCAGCUGCGCGUUCUGCUUGACGACAGUUGUAACUACACACGUCCUGCUUUGUCAGAGAAAGAUGUAUGAUUAUGGAUAGAUCACUGUUUACAACUAUAAUCAUGCUAAUUUCUUUUUAAUGUACUGGUCAAGAGGCGACUGAAUGAUGUCUUGUUUUUUCAAGUGUGAUGAAACUUGUGGUACAAUGAGAGGUACUUUACUCACCGAUGUCCUCUUUCGUUUUCAUCUCACUCAAAUGUGCACUGACAAAAAGGCGCUACAAAUUUUUAGGCAACGAAUGAAGGAGAAACCGGUUUGUGUUUCUUCACUCACUGCAUUUUUAUUUUUUUAAUCAACACAUGGAAGCAAUAUUUUUCAGUUGAUUUAAUUGGUGUUCAAUUGAUAUUUAAGUCAAGAAACUUGCAUUCAGUGAAGGAUUCAUCUAAACAUUUAAAGCCAUGCUGCUAAACCUCAAAGCACAAUCCUCUGCAAUCAUGUGAUCAGCUUCUUUUCAGUAAAAACAACAACCACAACAAAUGAAAUGGAGUGUGAUUGUGAAUACAUACAUUACAAAUAAGACAUUGACCUUUGCAAUAGACCAGGUGUAAUCUGCUUUGUGGAACGCGGCAGUGACCCUGAUUUUAAAUGACCAGUUGUGGACUGAAGAGAGGGUCGACUGCAGUGGCGAGCAGCUCCACAAGUCAAACAAGUCCUCGUUGUCUCUGUCUCCGUGUGCGUGUUGCAGAAAUAAAUCUUGUGUAUUGCCAAUACUCCGUGCUGCACCCUGUAAAGACAAACACAACAGGCCGGUGUCGCCGCUAAGAUCAGUUGCUUCCAUUUCGCACAACUCGCAUGCAGCUAUUUCACGGUGCUGAUGGGUCUUUAAAAAAAACAAAUGUAACUGAGUAAAAGCGACGUUGUCAGCAGCCUCACGGCGGACUGUGGCACGGUGAUUGCCCCGGGGCACAGGCAAGAAUAUAAGAAUGCGUCAUGCCUUUUGUAAAUAUUAAAUGUGUGGAAAAAGCCCAGUGUUGAUAAGAUGAAGGGUCAUAGAUCUUAAUGAAUCAUUUUGAACUUAGAUAAAACUCUCAGAGACUUGAAGUGUACACAGUUCAGUUUCAGGUUUUGCUUCUCUCCACCGUGCACUCAGAAUCUCCUGAUGGAGGUUUGGAUGAAUGUAAAAACCAUGGAUUGUACCAUUUAUCAUUUCUGAUUGUUUUGGGUUUAUUUUGUUUUAACACAUAAAUGCAGUUGUAUAUAAGCCAUACCUGUUGUUAAAAUAAACCACUAUUUAUUGAUCAA